AUGGCGACGUCUAAUCUCUUAAAGAAUAAAGGUUCACUUCAGUUUGAAGACAAAUGGGAUUUCAUGCGCCCUAUUGUUCUGAAACUUCUUCGUCAGGAGUCUGUCACAAAACAGCAAUGGUUUGAUUUGUUUUCAGAUGUACAUGCAGUUUGCUUGUGGGAUGAUAAAGGUCCAGCAAAAAUCCAUCAGGCUCUGAAGGAAGACAUCCUUGAUUUUAUUAAACAAGCACAAGCAAGAGUGCUGAGUCAUCAAGAUGAUACAGCUUUACUAAAAGCAUAUAUAGUGGAGUGGCGCAAAUUCUUCACACAGUGUGACAUUUUGCCCAAGCCAUUUUGUCAGUUAGAGAUUACCUUAAUGGGCAAGCAGGGCAGCAACAAGAAGUCUAACGUAGAAGACAGUAUUGUUCGUAAGCUCAUGCUAGAUACAUGGAAUGAAUCCAUAUUUUCAAAUAUAAAAAAUAGACUUCAGGACAGUGCAAUGAAACUAGUUCAUGCUGAAAGACUAGGAGAAGCUUUUGACUCUCAGCUUGUUAUUGGAGUUCGAGAAUCAUAUGUGAACCUUUGUUCUAAUCCUGAGGAUAAACUUCAGAUAUAUCGGGAUAACUUUGAAAAGGCAUACUUGGAUUCGACAGAGAGGUUUUAUAGAACACAGGCUCCUUCUUAUUUACAGCAAAAUGGUGUACAGAAUUAUAUGAAAUAUGCAGAUGCUAAACUAAAAGAAGAGGAGAAAAGAGCACUACGGUAUUUAGAAACAAGACGUGAAUGUAACUCAGUAGAAGCACUGAUGGAGUGCUGUGUCAAUGCCCUGGUGACAUCUUUUAAAGAGACUAUUUUAGCUGAAUGCCAAGGCAUGAUCAAACGAAAUGAAACAGAAAAGUUGCAUUUAAUGUUUUCACUGAUGGAUAAAGUUCCAAAUGGCAUAGAGCCUAUGCUAAAAGACUUGGAAGAACAUAUUGUUAGUGCUGGACUUGCAGAUAUGGUAGCAGCUGCUGAAACUAUUACUACUGAUUCUGAAAAAUAUGUAGAGCAAUUGCUCACACUAUUUAAUCGAUUUAGUAAGUUGGUUAAAGAAGCUUUUCAAGAUGAUCCAAGAUUUCUUACUGCAAGAGAUAAGGCAUACAAAGCAGUUGUGAAUGAUGCUACAAUAUUUAAACUUGAAUUGCCAUUGAAGCAAAAGGGCGUUGGACUGAAGACACAGCCAGAAUCCAAAUGCCCAGAGCUUCUUGCUAAUUACUGUGACAUGUUGCUAAGAAAAACACCACUAAGCAAAAAACUAACCUCUGAAGAAAUUGAAGCAAAGCUUAAAGAAGUGCUUUUGGUACUUAAAUAUGUACAGAAUAAAGAUGUUUUCAUGCGGUAUCACAAAGCUCACUUAACAAGACGCCUGAUAUUAGAUAUAUCAGCUGAUAGUGAAAUUGAGGAAAAUAUGGUGGAAUGGCUCAGAGAAGUGGGAAUGCCAGCAGACUAUGUAAACAAGCUGGCUAGAAUGUUCCAAGAUAUCAAAGUGUCUGAAGACUUGAACCAGGCCUUCAAAGAAAUGCACAAGAAUAAUAAACUUGCUUUACCAGCUGACUCUGUGAAUAUUAAAAUUUUAAAUGCUGGUGCCUGGUCCCGAAGUUCUGAAAAGGUGUUUGUCUCGCUGCCCACGGAAUUAGAAGAUCUCAUCCCAGAAGUUGAAGAAUUUUAUAAAAAGAAUCACAGUGGUAGAAAACUGCACUGGCACCACCUCAUGUCCAAUGGCAUUAUAACAUUUAAGAAUGAGGUUGGCCAGUAUGACUUGGAGGUAACAACAUUUCAGCUAGCUGUGCUUUUUGCGUGGAACCAAAGACCCAGAGAAAAGAUCAGCUUUGAAAAUCUGAAACUGGCAACUGAACUCCCUGAUGCAGAACUUAGGAGGACUUUAUGGUCUCUUGUAGCAUUUCCAAAGCUGAAACGUCAGGUUUUAUUGUAUGAACCUCAAGUCAAUUCACCCAAAGACUUUACAGAAGGAACCCUCUUCUCCGUGAACCAGGAGUUCAGUUUAAUAAAAAAUGCUAAAGUUCAGAAAAGGGGCAAGAUAAAUUUGAUUGGUCGAUUACAACUUACUACAGAGAGAAUGCGGGAAGAAGAAAAUGAAGGAAUAGUCCAGCUGAGAAUAUUACGAACCCAGGAGGCUAUCAUCCAAAUAAUGAAAAUGCGGAAGAAAAUUACUAAUGCGCAGCUUCAGACUGAACUGGUAGAAAUAUUAAAAAACAUGUUCUUGCCACAAAAGAAAAUGAUAAAAGAGCAAAUUGAAUGGCUUAUAGAGCACAAAUAUAUCAGAAGAGAUGAGUCGGAUAUCAACACCUUCAUAUAUAUGGCAUGAUUUGCGGACUCUGCAGGAUGCUGAGAACAUAAAUGGAGGGGUGCUUGGACAGACAGCUGCAACAAUUCGUGCUGCAGGAGGACUUGUUUUGACUUUUCGUUACGUAUAAAAAAUCCCUGCCUUACCUUACAGAGGACUAUAUUUUGCCAAUCUCAUUCAGCUAGCAUGAUGGCAUUCCCUUCAUGUUGCACACUUUUAACAGCAUGCUGUUUUGUGGGAAACUUGCAUUCAUGAAGAGCCCAUUGUGAACUUUUUAAAGUAGAUUUGAUUUAUACCCACCAGGAAGAACACAGGUUUGGGUUUUUAGAUGACCAGUAAUUGCACAAGGAAAAAAUACUCAAAUAUUCAUGCACUGAGGAACUGCUAUUAGUUUUGUUUGGGGUUGGUUUGUUUGGGAUGUUGUUUUGGGGUUUUUUUGGUUUUGGGUUAUUUUGUG